CUCCAUAUAUCCUUUUUACUUUUUAGCAUUACUCCGUAUUUUUUUAAAGUGAUGUAAUCAUACCCCAUAUCCUCAGGGCCACGGAGUUUAGGAGCCCAAACCUGCACUCAAAAAAUGGCUAGCAAAUUCAAAGUCGACGAGCUUCGUGCAGAGUUGGCCAACCGGGGCCUCGACACCACCGGCACCAAGCCGACACUGGUGCGCAGGCUGCAAGAAGCUAUUCACGAAGAGAGCACGCGUCAAUCCACUGGCUCAAGCGCUGUUCCGGAAAAUGAGAAGAAUCGGAAAAGGCCGAGGGACGAGACGGAGAACGAAGACUCCGAGAACAACAAUAAGGUCAAGAAUAUAGAGGAACUGAGGAGAAAGAGUGUUAAGCAACUGAGGGAAGAAGCAAGCCGCCGGGGGAUUUCAGUUAGCGGUUUGAAGAAGGAACUGAUCGAUAGGCUUUCUUCUGCAGUUGAUGAUGUUCGUGAUGGUUCGGAUGAUGUUCAAGAAGCUGAUAAAGGGAAACUGGUCACAGUAACAAAGAAAGGUGCUGCUAUUUUAGAUCAAUGGCUUCCAGAUGACAUCAAGGCAAAUUACCAUCUGCUGCAGUGUGGGAACGAAAUUUAUGAUGCAAUGCUGAACCAAACAAAUGUUGGGCAGAACAAUAACAAGUUCUAUGUCAUUCAAGCUCUAGAAUUUGACGGCGGUGGGAAAUUUCUAGUCUACUACAGAUGGGGCAGAGUUGGUGCCAAGGGUGGGACAAAGAUCAGUGGCCCUUAUACAUCUCAAUGUGACGCCAUUCAAGAAUUUGAGAGCAAGUUUUAUGACAAGACAAAGAACCACUGGUCCGAGCGUAAGGAGUUUGUGUGCCACUCUAGGCAAUAUACUUGGUUGGAAAUGGACUACAGUCAAAAUGGAGAAGAUCCAUCAGUAAGUUAUUACAGGGUUAGAUUGAGAGUUGGGCUUUGGAAGGCUGAGUGUAUAUCUUGAUACAUAUUUAAGAAUUUUUAUAAAUUGAAGAAACAACAUAAUAUGUG